AGAAAAAUCAAACAGGCCUUAUGUUUGGAGUCAACAGCCAAGUCAAUGUUUUCCAGCCCCCCACUCUUAUCCACCUAUUCCCCAGGCGCUCAUGGCAGUUGAAGUUGGGACGAGCACGUCUUGUGCAGAAGAUUUUACGGCAUUUAUACGCGGAUAUCCUUAAAUUGUUUCUGUGCUGGGAUAUAAAUUUGGUCGCUCAGAUACUCUGGAUCUUUUGGACUGAUUUAUUCAUCAGAUUUUACUCCUAGCUGGAUAAGGGGCCUCCGAUCCAGAUAUGAAAGAUCGGGUUCAAAUUUGUACAAACAUCUAGAGUGAUUCCUCUUAUUCAAACAGCACCCAUUAAUUGGACGAGAGAUGCUCCCUAUUUUGCACUUGUUUCACCACAGAAGGGGCAAUGAAACUAGUAGGCGUGCUUUGUCGCUGAAGACUACGGACUUUGAUACGAUAGAGAGCAUGCUACAAGAUCCAUGUGCAGAGCCAUUGUGUCUGCCAAUAGACUUUUUGAAAGCCAUCACGCGUGAUUUCUCUAGCGACCAAGAAUUGGGAAGAGGUGGGCACGGUGUGGUUUACAAGGGUGUUCUUCGAAAUGGGAAGGCGAUUGCUGUGAAGAAGCUUUCUGAAAUGCAGCUAGAAGAUACUCAGUUCCACAAUGAAGUCACUUACCUUAUCGGAUUGAAACACCAAAAUAUAGUUCAACUUGUGGGCUAUUGUGCUGAAUCACGAUGGGAAGCCACCCAAGUAAGCGGGAAAUAUGUUAUGGCUGAAAUACGAAAAAGGCUACUCUGCUUUGAGUAUGUAAAUAACAAGAGCCUCGAUAAGUACCUUUCUGCUGAAUCUUGUGGACUUGAAUGGCACUGGAGGUAUGACAUAAUUAGGGGAAUUUGCUCUGGUUUGCACUAUCUUCACACGGAAUGCCAUAUUAUUCAUUUGGAUCUUAAACCUGAGAAUAUAUUACUGGAUGACAAUAUGGUGCCAAAAAUUACGGAUUUUGGCAUGUCUAGACUCUUUGGCCAACAACAGUCGCGAUUUAUCACUGAAAGUCGCGGGGGGACACUUGGAUACAUGGCACCAGAAUACUUAACGAAUGGGCUGAUAUCAACAAAGUCAGAUAUAUUCAGUUUCGGAGUUAUAAUCAUAGAACUAAUGACGGGAUCCAGGGACUAUCCCCAGAGUGGUGCUUUCGGUCAGUUCAUCGAAAAUGUGGCUGCAAAUUGGAGGAAUAGGUUGGAAAAGAUACAUAUGUACAUACCUUUGGAAAUAUACAGUCAACAAGUAAACAAAUGCAUCAUGAUAGGACUAAAAUGUGUUGACCCUGAUCCAAAGAAAAGGCCUUCUGCAUUGGAUAUAAUCCAAAUGCUUGAUGCAAUAGAAUGUACAAAUAGGCCGACAUCGGAGUUACAAAUGAGCAUGUUAUCCAACAUAUGCGCUGCAACCUCCAGCAAUCCACAGAUGUUUGGUAGAGCAUUCACCUCAAAAACUGCAAACAUCAUUAGUACGCUCACCGUCUCUGGCAAAGGAAGACGGACAACAAUUCUGGCCUUUGAGAUUGCCAAUACAGUUGUGAAGGGUUCCUGCCUAAUGAAAACUCUCCAAACAGAACAUCCAGCAUGUGAAAGAGGGGGUGCUUAGGUCCAAGGUGUCCGCCUUUUGAUAUCAGAGGAUUACCGUCAGUUGCUACCUCUUGUUGAAGCUGACAUAAGAGAAGACUUGAGUCAAUUUUGCAAAGAGUUAGCUCGCUUUGGAAAUCACUGUAGCGAUCCCAGAUGGCACAAUUUGGAAAGAAAUAGACCACAGUCUGAAGUGACAACUCGGCACAAAUUGCAGGAAGCAGCAAAUCGCAGUAUGCAAAUUUUGAUGACGGUUGCACAUUUCACCACGGAACUGUGUUCAGAAUUGCUUGCAUUGAACAAGCUUUAUGUUACUUUGGAGGAUCCAACCAUGAGCAAAUCCAUACGAAGUCAAGUAAAGAACCAAAGAAAUGUUGUGAAGAAGUUGAAAAGGAAAUCAUUUUGGUCCAAGUUGAUGGAAGAAGUUCUAGAAAAACUUGAAGACAUAUGGCAGUUCAUGCUUUUGGAGGUCAAUACUGAUUUCUUGAACUGUGGAGAUCAAUCUGUAAUGCCAAUGAGCAACCUUCAUCAAACAUUAGGGCCAACUGGACUCGCACUACACUAUGCCAAUGUCAUUUUGCAGAUAAAUACUUUGUAUUGUCAUGCAUUGGCCUCACCAGCAGAGGUACCUGGUGAAGCUAGGGAUGCACUGUACCAGGCACUGCCUCGUUCCAUCAGAUCGAAGUUGCGAGGGCGUUGGCCCAAAGAAAAAACAAUGCUAGCAGAGGUCAGAGCUGAAAUGGACAGAACACUUCGAUGGCUUGUGCCGGUUGCAGAAUCCACGAAACAGUAUUACAAAAACGGAGCAUUCGGAGAAUGGGCAAUGAGAGGGAUUGAGGAUGUGGAUUUGGAGGACGUGCUUCCGUUUGGAGCAGAUCAGCGUCAGAUCAUCGUCAGUCCCAUGCUGAUGCAUGAAAACGGCAAAGUAAACAAGAUAGAGACGCUGUACUAUGCCAACAAGGAGAGGACAGAAGGUUACAUACUGGACCUAGUUCGUGCUCUUCAUUGUCUUGUUUGCUAGAGUACUUUGGACGAGCUAGACUUUCACCGAAUAGAAGUUCAUAAGAAAAUGUAACCUUUCACCGAUUCAAUCUAUAAUUGGCCACGAUCCAACAGAAGUUUAUAUGUUGAAAUUUGUUUGGAAGAUAGCUAAGAUCAAAAGUUUCUGUAACAGUUAUGGCCUAUUCUUUUUUAUGCAAAUUUUGAAACAUCAUUAACUGUUAA